CAAUUAUUUACUUGUAUUGCCAACCAAACAAAGCAGUAAAAAGUGACUUUGGUACGUGGCACGGGUCACCUGCAUUUAUCUGUUGUCCCAGGGAAGUACCGGAUGUUGACACUCAACUAUAACAAGGGGAGAUAAGUGUCCACCGUCGCUUAGCCUAUAAAAGCAGACGACCAAAAACAGGUUAACCUCAGAUCGGAUCCAAACUUGGCCAUGCCGUGGCCCACUGUUAACACCGGCGGUCUGUUGGCCACAUUUUGUGGUCUACUGGCCGCCGUCCAGGCAGGUGUAAUGAUGGUGAGUUGUUGUUUCUCCUCCAGUUAAACAUAUUGUUUUCUGCCUCAAGAUCACAAUGCAUUCUUUCAUAUUUUGGCCGGAAGACAGGUAAAUUCGUUGUAUACUUCAAUGUUUCUGAAUGCACUGGAAUAUACCACACUUAUACUUCACUGAGAUGUCAUCACUUGCAAGAAUCGCUUGAAAUUUGAAGUCAGCUAUCAUCUUUAAAGUAAAAAUUAUUCUCAUUUUUUUUUUUAAAGAAAUAAAAUAAAAAGAUGGCAUCUUGAUUUAAAUUUCUUUUCAUAUUUUGAGAUAUUAACGUACAUUUACUAAAAGGGAAACGGUAAUCAGAAGAACCUCCCAGAACAGAAACAUGCGUAUAUAGAAGCUAAUACUUUUCAAAAGAAGUUAUCUAAUUAUCUUGUAUCACACAACACCCAACUAACGACAAGAGAAAUGUGAUCAAUAAUUGUUACUGAAACGUUCUAUUUAAACGAAACCCAUUUGUAAAAACAAAGACUAUUCAAAGGAUUUAAUUAAAGCUAAGUCUAAUGCGCACAAUUAUAAUAAAUUACCUUGUGACAAUGGUCCUACUUCUGGCUUUGUAAGGUUACAUAAGUUAUAGUUAUAAUAUAAUGAGCUUUUAAGUUCAAGGCCGUCGGCCGUACACAUUUGCUCAGAGGUGGCCAUAUCAAAAUUUAUGCUAUUUAAAAAAUAGAACAGUGUACACACACACACACACUCACUAUCUCUCUCACUCUCUCACACACACACAAACACACACAUACACACACCAACUCCGGCCUAAGGAAAACUUUCCCCCUGUGCGAAUCACCCGUUCGGCGCCCCCUGUCCCUGUAUGGCCCCGCUCUUUUUCAGAUUACGACGCAGGCUAUGGAGCACGUGUUAUGAUGCUUUACAUGCAGCUAACCAUACGCAUUUUAACAUGAACAUUAAUUUAGACUGUUAAGUUUUUCUACGGUACUUCACGCUUCACUAUAAUAAACUAAGGGAAUUUAAAUAUUUACUGGGUGCCCCAGGCGCCCUUAUGGCCACGGCGCCCUGUGCGAGGGCACAGUUCGCACACUCUAAAGGCCGGCGUUGCACAUACACACACAAUUAUCAAAUAGUUCCAGAUGUCAUUUACCCACCUCUGGUCCCAUCUCCCCAUAGUUAUGGGCCUCCAAUAAAAUAUAAUGUCCAUCGUCCACAGGACUGUAACCAACCAGCCAAUGACAACCGCACAAUCUACGACUAUUCUUUGAUGGACGUUCACAACAUCAGGACGAUCAGCCUUAAUGAUUACAAAGGAAAGGUAACCCUCAAUUCAAUUUUUAAAAAAAAAUCAAUUGUCAAAUCAUGUGAAGGGGAAAAAAACAAAACAGUUGGUAGGACUCGUGUGUUCAAGCAAUGUGUUAUGUUAACACCCUUUGAACAUCUCAGAUGAUCAAAUCUAAUUUCUAUGGGAUAUUCCACAUAUAUAUUUUGUUGUGUAGUUUUUAUUGUAGGCAUCUUCCCUUCUAUGUUAUGCAACAAAAAAAUGUAACAAUAUGACUUGCUAUCCAAUAAUAAGCUUCAACGUUGACAACUUCUCAACACCAACACAAUUCAAGAGUUAUUUGUGGCAAAGUUACACAGCCAGAUUACCUUGCCCAAAAUGUAUGUAGUCAUUUUUUGUGUGUUCGUUUCUCUUCACUCCUGUGCAGGUUGUCCUGAUUGUGAACGUGGCCACGUACUGAGGCCUGACCCCCCAUUACUACGGAAUGAAUGCACUCAAUUCCCAGUAUGGCAGUCAAGGCUUCGUCGUCCUAGGCUUCCCUUGCAACAACUUCAACAAGGUCAGUCAUUCAUUUUGUAUGAAGAUAACUUUGCACCUACGUAGGCGGAAACGCGGCUUAAAAAAUAUUAACAAUAAAAUCUUAUUACAAACGCACUUUGCUUUGGUCAGGCAAACUUAAACACAUCUUCAUCUAUCAAAUUUUAAACUUGCAACAUCUUAAUGACAAAAAAAGUCAAUUAAUUAGGCCUGAUAUGUUGUUUACAUUGUGUUUCAUACAUCGCUAUGUUCCCAACGAUUUAUUCUGUGUUAAUGCAGACAAAUUCUCCAUCAUUACCAAUGUUGGCAUAAUAUUCUAAACCUUAAUCUAAACGUGUCUAUCUGUUGUUUCCAGCAAGAGCCAGGAGCUAACGGGACAGAGAUCCUCAACGGGGUGAAAUAUGUUCG